GCACCCUCAAUUCUAAAACCUCUUCUAGGGCAUGAUAGGGUUUCCAAAGCAGGCAAAGCUGCUCGUUAAGCUUCCCUCGUGUUCAAUCGCGGGAUUAGCAGCUCCAGACAAGUGCCAGCACCCUUCUAAUCAAUGGCAAAACGUCGUCGGGAGGAGGCAGAUUCCGACGACGGCGCGGCAAUCGUGGCUGCACCAGCGGCGUCGCACCAUUCAGUUUUCAUAGACACCGACCUUGAAACUCACCUCGCGAUGAUGGUAUCCAAUACUGAUGCUGUAUCCGACCUCAAAAAGAAGAUAUUAUUUGAACACUUGCAUUCUUUUCCUGAGAUGGGAGAGAUAAAGAUCCACUCUGUGAAGGUAAAACGGAAAGGCAAUUUUUAUCAUCUUCCGGAUUCCAUGCUUGUAAAAACUGCAUUUGAAGGCACCAAAGGAGAUUGGUUCCUUUAUGUUAGCAGUCCUGUUGCGGCGAGCCAGAUUACCAUGAAAACCGGUAACAACCAAGCAGGGUUGCUUUGCGUGAAACGUUAUGAUGAAGGUGCUCCGGACCGUGGUCUUCCCAAUGGUCCCUCAAGAGAAUUAGGAAUUGACACUGCACGUGCCAAAAAUGAGCACUGUAAAGAUCUGUCAUCUGACACUUGCAGAAGUUCAGCCAAGAGAAGGAUAGCCCCUAGGAUGGUUGUUCAAGAGGAAGCAGUUGACACAAUUAGCCAUGAGCUCAGGGAUGACAUGUGUGGUGACAGUUCAAAAGAAAGACCUAUGACUAAAAAGCGGAAAAUGAAGCACAAUAAAGAUGCACCUCAUGAGUUUCCUCUUGAAAUCCCGAAUUUGUUGCUGAAUAAUGAAGCCCAACCAGUGCUUACUCCAGAAUCUAAGCCAUCAGAACAAGACAAAAGAGAGUCAAUUUUGAAAAAUGUGUUAACUUCUCCUAACCUGUCAGAUAAGGGCAGUGAAGAAAAGAACAACCAAAGAAAGAGGAAGAAAAAAAAGAUGUCCGAUGCAAUAAUUCAACAGGACCAAGAGAUGACACCCAAUGUUGAUCUCAACUGUAACAAUUCAAUAUCUCUGUUGAAUUUCACCCUUGAUCGUGCAGCUGAUGAGAUCUUGAAUGUUAAAAGCAGCAUGCCCAUUGACAAACAUGACAGGAUCAACAAUGAAAGUAAUGUGGAAAAUAUUGAAGCUGAUCCUUCUAAGGGGGACAUAGAGCAUAAUAAGAGAUCUAAGAAAAAGAAGUCUAAGAAGAAUAGUGUGAAGCUUCAAUGUGAAACAGGUACAGCAAAUAUUGAUCAAACAGUUGUACCCAAGCUUGACUCUGAUGAUCACAAGAAUGAUAAGACUGGGAAAAUUGAAAAUAUGGUGGUCAAUAUGAAAGCAGAUGAAGAAAAAUGGAAUGCGAAAGAUGAAAAGUUGCGUGAAACCUGCAAUCCUGAUUUGGGAACACUUGAAAAGUGUCUGCCCACACAGAUUGGUGAGACCGCAACCAUCUCAUCUAAGUUGGAUUCAGAAAGUGGAAAUACAGAAAGAAGUAGGAAGAUAAAAAGUGCCAAGAAGGCUGCAGGAAAGAGUCAGCUUACAUUAGAGAAAGCAGAUGGUGAUGAUCUGGUAACUGAAAUUUCUUCGGCUGCAUUAAAUGUGGAAUUUGUUGAACCUAUGGUUGACAGUACUGCAAAAGCUGAACACUCGAAGCCUCACACUCAAACCUGCCAAAGCAUAGCAGCAUUGGAGAAAGAGGAGCCAACAGGAAAACAUGUAAGCAUGCAAUCAGCAAGCUGUGCAUCUCCAGAAGCACAGAAAAACGUGGAAAACACUGCUGGAAGUGAAAAGAAGAGGAAGUCAAAGAAAUCUCAGACAUCCAAUCAACGCUCUUCUUCUGCAGAUCCUUCAAGCGUUGCUUUGGGGGUCGCUUCAGGGCUCACCACUCUUGAUUGUUUUAAUGGUAGAUCUGAGGACCAGAGCCUCUCGCACUGUAUGGAAAUAGAUAAUGUAUCAAAUAAAGUACCAAUUGAUACUCCUAUUGCAGACUCUCGUAUGGAAAUUGACAAGGCCAAGGAGAGAGGGGCAGAAUAUAUGUCUGUAAAGAAAGGACUUAGCGAGGAUGGACCUUUGCAGGUUACUCAAACUUGUACAGGUCAUUUUGAUCCAGAGAAUACAGUAAAGAAAGCAAAACACAAGCCAAAAAGGAACAAAAAUGCUGCUGGAGGGACCCUCACGGCUUUGGCCAAGAACGAUCACGAAGUUGGUGUUGAGAAAUUGGUAGCUUCAAAUGAGAAAAUGUUGUUGGUUAACCAUCCACCUAAUGUUGCUGAGGGGUCAGGAACUACUAUAGAUGCUCAGCUUGCCCAAGUUGCAGUUACUGAUGUAAAGCUUCCUGAAAGUAAUCCCAAUAAAGGGCAGACACAUGAAAAUCCUGAGGAUGAUAGUGAGAUGCAGCUACAUGGUCACGUCAGUAAUGAUAAUGAUGAAGGGGUUGACUUCAGGCGUUACUUUGUUCCUCGUUCACAAGGUCAGUGUGCUGCUGCUGAUAAGGUUGAAAAAACAGUGAAAUUGAGUGGGGACACUAAAGCAGCAGAGGAGAAAUCAGCAAAGGGUACUGGUCCUUCUGGGUCAGGAGGCUUGGAUAACUCACCCGCCCGAGAUGAUAGUAUGAAUGAUGAACAUGAGUAUAGUAGCAGCAUUAAACUUGGAAAUGACAAACAGGACGAGGUCAAACAGCACUCUAAUAAGAAGACCCUUAGAGUAGGGAGCAAAAAGGCAGUUCCUUGCGUGUCUGGAAAUAAAAAGCAUUUUGAUAAAUCAACCUCAACAUCAACAAGUUCUCAAAAGUCUCUCCAAAGUAAAAAAGAUAUAUCACAGUUACCCUCAAAUCAUAAGAAUUUGGCUAGUAAACAGGAUACGAGUAAGAUCACAGAGGCUAUUACUACGCCGACUACUGUUUCUAAGGAUAAGAUAUCCCAUAAUUAUGGCGAUGAUGAAAAUGGGGUUGGACUUUCUGAAUCCAGUACUCGAACUCCAUCUAGAGGUUCAUCAUCAUCAUCAUCAUCAUCGUCAUCAUCAUCAUCACCAUCUGACUCCUCGGAAAAUGGAAGUGAAUUAGGUCACCACUCUUCCAGUAAUGCACUCAAUGGCGCCAAAAGGAACAACAGUCAUGAACGGAGUAAUUUAUUAUUCAAACUUUCAAGUGCAAAGAAGUUAAGCAUGGAUGAAAUUCUGAGAAGCUCUAAGCGAUUCAAGAGUGCUAGGCAGAAAGCCGCCCAACUUGAUCCUGAGGAUCAGCCUAUUGAUUUGGCCCCCGGUGAAAACAACGAACCUAGUAAAAUCCCAUUAAAAAAGUAGGGUAUGAUGAGGGUAUGCGGUGUACGCAUACCUUACCUCUACUAGAAAAUUGGGAGGCUAUUUCCACGAGACCCCCAAUUCAAGCAUGGUUAACCAAAUCCAUCAGUCGGUCUCCAGCGCGAAAAAAGAAGUAAUGUUUGGAGUUCCACCCCCACACCCCACCACCACCACACCCUCUCCAACAAAACAAUUUUGUCCUCGAGUCUCAUGACCAAAAUUUUUUCACCAUGUUUGUUGUUUUUAAUAUUGUAUUUGGAUAAACUUAUUAUAUUCUCUUCAUCCCACUAAUAGAGUGGCAUGCAAAUGUAUGAAAGGUGGAAUUGUAUGGUUGAACUUUACAUUUUUUUCAAAGAAUUAAAGAAAAAAUGUUAUGGUUA